CACGUCUGUUUAUAAGUACUCAUGUUACGUUUCAUAGGUCGAGUGUCACCGCCUCUUCUCAAUGUCACACAGUUCACCAAGAGUUGGGCAGUGCAGCAACACCUAUUUACCUUCACUUGUGGCGUUAAUCAGGCACAGGGGACCAGGUAACCACAGGGGGCGAGGUGAUGCUUGUGGCGACUCAAGCAAACUUGUCUUACUUCAUUCCAGAGAGAGUCAGUCACAUUAGUCCCCUUGCAGGAGAUCAGUAAAAACACUUGUUCUUGUAGGUCCUUUGCAGCGUCUCAGUUCACAAUGUCGAAGCCAAAAGUAUUAGUGACGAGGGCGGACAUCCCUCAGAAGGCCUUCACCAUGCUGGAGGAGAAGUGUGAGGUGGACGUGUGGAAGAUGCCAUCACCCAUCCCUCGUGAGGAGCUGCUGAAGAGGAUUCCAGGGAAGGAUGCCCUGUACUGCCUACUGACAGAGAAGAUUGACAAGGAGGUGUUGGAUGCUGCAGGACCAAGCUUAAAAGUGAUUGGCACCAUGUCCGUUGGCUAUGACCACCUCAGCAUGGAUGAGAUCAAGAAGCGCAACAUUAUGGUUGGCUUCACCCCUGGCGUGCUCACUGAUGCCACUGCAGAGCUGACGGUCACAUUGCUGCUUGCCACUACACGACGCUUGUUUGAGGCACAUGGUGAAUUGCUCAAUGGUGGAUGGGCUAAGUGCGCCUGGUCUCCACUUUGGAUGACUGGCCAGGGUCUCAAGGGCUCCACUGUGGGAAUAUUUGGCCUGGGCAGGAUAGGUCAGGGUGUGGUGCAGCGCUUGCAAGGCUUCAGUGUCCACAAGUUUAUAUACUCAGGUCGUAAUCCCAGGAAGGAAGGGGAGGAACUCGGGGCUGAGUUUGUCUCCUUUGACGAGUUGCUGCGGCAGUCAGACUUCCUACUGGUGACGUGUGCCCUCAACAAGGAGACGCAGGGAAUAUUUGAUGAAGCAGCUUUUGCCAAAAUGAAGAACACUGCUGUAAUUAUCAACACUUCCCGAGGAGGUGUAAUCAACCAAGAGGCUCUGGUCAAGGCACUGAAGACCAACCAGAUCCGGGCAGCAGGACUGGACGUUAUGACCCCAGAGCCUCUGCCACCUAACCAUGAGCUCACCACCCUCCCCAACUGCACGCUGAUACCACACAUUGGGAGUGCAGAGACAUCAACAAGGGAGGACAUGGCAACUCUCACUGCAGCUAACAUUAUUGCUGGCCUUGAGGGGAAGCCCUUGCCUGCCCGCCUCUGUUGACCAUCCACUACUCUAAGUCUUUGAGGAAGUUUAAGAGGACCUCAUCCCAGUGAUACUUUUAAGGUGAAUUAUAACAUGAGAGUCCUUGAUACUGAGUAUAGCUGUCAAAUCUCCUGCUGGCUCUAGAUGUCAAUGUUUAUGAUCUGAAGCUUUAUUUACAACACAAGACUAGGUCACAAUAAUAUCUGAACAAUAUAGAAAUGAUUUUCAACUAUACCAAGGCAAGUGCACACUGUCAGAAAGGGUCAUAAUAGUCAACAUAGGACAUACAAAAAUAUUCUUUAUUGGCAACAAUGUCAGCAAAACUUAUUACUAAGAGUGUUUUGUCCAUGUUUGUACCAUUAAUCAGACACUGCUAGAAAGAUAAUUUUGACAAAAAUUUUUUACCUGAAGUCAUUUGAAUGAAGGAAUAAAUGUAGUGACAAAUUUGAAGGAGUGAAACAGGCAUGGUGAAGAAUUAAUGAAUUUUGCUGUAAGUCCCUUGGAAUAAUUGUAAAGAGAAUUGGUUGUACAUUAUAGAAUUUUAUACAUAAAGAACAAUUUUCAUAAAUUAUCAUGUUGCCUGAGAGAACUUAAUUAUAUAUUAUGUUAUACCCACAAGAGGUAACACUGCAUCAUUGUUCAGUAAGUAAAUUAUGUAUAUACCAGCAGUCUUUAAUUCCUAGGCCAAUAAACUUAUGAUUUAUGUAUUUCAGGUAUAAUGCAACCCUUACAAGUUUAUUUAUUAUUAUGUACAAACAAAAAGUGCAAGGGAGAGAAGUAAAAUCAUCAAUCUACUUGAAAUAAUAACAACUCAUAAAAUUUAAUUAUCAGGAAUUUUACUGUUAAGAAAAAAAUGAUCUUUCAAAGUGUAAUAUUGUCUCUUAAAGCUAAGUUCUGAUAUAAAGUUUUCACUGUAUUAUAAAAUAUAAGAACAAUAAAAUAUAACAACUAUU